AUGCGAAGAAAAAACUUUAUAAAAAGUGAGUCAUUCCUCAUGACUCCACCACGUCCGAGGAUUGGACCACCAGAUGAUAAAAAAUUCGGCGCUAAAAGAAUAACACCUAACCGUAUUUUCUUUCACACCCUAAAUUUUUCAGGUCAGGGCAGGGUUAACCAAUUGGGUGGUUUAUUCAUCAAUGGACGUCCUUUACCGAACCACAUCCGUCUGAAGAUCGUGGAGAUGGCAGCGGCGGGUGUACGGCCUUGUGUCAUCUCAAGACAGUUGAGGGUCUCUCACGGCUGUGUCUCUAAAAUACUCAAUAGAUACCAGGAGACUGGUUCCAUCAGACCCGGUGUAAUUGGUGGGUCAAAACCAAGAGUUGCUACCCCUGAAGUGGAAGCUAGAAUUGAAGAACUCAAAAGACAAAAUCCUGGUAUUUUCUCUUGGGAAAUACGCGAAAAACUUAUUAAGGAGGGGGUGUCCGAUCCGCCCAGUAUCUCAUCCAUAUCUCGUUUACUGCGAGGCGGCUCUAGAGAUCCAGAUGGGAAAAAAGAUUACAGCAUCGAUGGCAUAUUAGGAGGUCGUGGAUCAGACUCCUCAGAUAUAGAAUCGGAGCCAGGCCUGACCCUUAAAAGAAAACAGCGUCGAUCUCGUACCACGUUUACAGGAGAACAGCUUGACGCGCUUGAGAGAGCUUUUCAUAGAACGCAGUACCCUGAUGUAUACACUAGAGAAGAACUUGCUUUGCAGACUGGCCUUACUGAAGCCAGAAUACAAGUUUGGUUCUCUAACAGAAGAGCUCGACUACGAAAGCAUACCGGCUCUAACCCAACUCCUACACUCGCCAGUUAUUCGACUAUACCAAUGCCGCAGAUACCAUGCCCAUAUCCAGCCGGAGAGAUACCUUCACUAUCUCAACAUCACCCACAACAUCCGGAUGCCUGGCAUCAUCAAAAGUAUGCCAAUUAUAACCAGCUAAUGGCUCAGUCUCAACAUCUUAACCAAGCCUUUCAAACUGCAGCCUUCCCCAGCACCUCUGGGACUACUUUCAGUCAUAUAGUGACCGGUGCCAGCGCACCGACCCACAAUCAGCUUCUUGAUAGCACUCCCAGAACUGAUUAUCCUCGAUAUCCCACUGAUGUCUACAAUAAACCCAUCAGUUAUAUGCCUAAAGAUACGGAGGCGGAAGAUAAGGUGGUGGGAGAAGACAUUAUAGAGCAACGUGAAGAAGCUUACAUAAAAACGACUGGAAAUGAAUACAAAGAAUUAGCGACCAGUGAUUAUCCAAAAGUUCCUGCUGAUUAUUCUAAGCUUUCUGUUGAUCCGUCUUCGUCAAACUGGACUGCAUCUAAUAACUCCUUGAACAUGAGUCUAUCUGGAUUAUCCAGUGACUAUAAAUAUAUGAGUGAUCCUUAUGCUUUUACUACUAUCUCGUCGGAUACCCUAAAUCAACAUACCUACACGAAUCCAGGAAAUGCAGCCAACAAAUAUUGGAUUUGA